AGAGUCGGAGAGUCCGGUGGGAAAGUCGACGCCGACACGACGGCGCGAGUGAGACGCGACUGCGAGCGACGUGGAGUGACCGCGCGCGCGCGCGCACGCACACACGCACGUACACCUCUGUGGUGUCCCCCUCCCCCUCGUGCGUUUCGGAUGGUUGUGCGUUCCCCGUUGCGCGUACCCGCGGCACGUUUUCGCCGGGACCCGGGCGCCGCCCCGUCGCAUCCGGACCACGUCGUGAUCGAGAGCGAGCGUCGGCCGGCGCGUAUUGGCGAGGCGGCCCUGAUACACGCCGCCAGUCUCGGCUGACACAUCGCCGCCGAUCCCUCGAGCGCGACGAGGCCCGCCGUCGGGUAUCGCAAGCGCCGCGCGCCGCGCGGCAAAAGGAAGGAGAGAGAGAGAGUGAGGCGUGCGAGCGGGGCGAGGAGACCGCCGGACGCGGGUGGAUAAUACCGAAAGAGACAAGGGACACUGACGUGCGCGGGCGCGCGCGCGCAUCCACCGUGAACGCAGCCGUGGUUCGGGCGGUAAAUAACGCGGCGUCGUGACCGCGCGCGGACGCGAUCCAUUCAAGAAUGCGUUAAUUACGCGCCGGUUAGCGUGCGUGUCGGUACCUGCGUGUGACGUGCGACGAGCGAUUACCCUCGCGUGGUGCCCGCGCGGCGGAGAGAAAGAAAGGACGCGAAACGGAGUGAGAAAGAGGGAGGGAGAACAACAGACAGACAGAGAGAGAGAGAGAGAGAGGACAACACAGAGCUGCGCUAACGGCGAGACGAGAUGCUCAAGUUCAUCAGGGGGAAGGGCCAGCAGCCCACGGCCGAGCGGCAGAAGCUGCAGAAGGACCUCUUUGCUUUUCGAAAGACGGUGCAGCAUGGUUUCCCGAACAAGCCAACCGCUCUCGCCUGGGAUCCGAGUCUGCGGCUGAUGAUCAUCGGCACGGCAUCCGGCGCCAUCAAGGUUUUUGGGAGACCAGGCGUAGAGUUUUAUGGACAACAUUCCGUCGAGAGCGGUGAGAAUGCCGUCACAAAGAUCGUCGCGCUGCCCAAUGAGGGUCGCGUGGUGUCCUUGUGCGACGACAAUUCGUUACAUCUAUGGGAGAUUAACGAAAGUUCCGUGGUGGAAACGAAGACGUUGUCGUUAGAAGGGAAAUUAAAGAAGAUCUCUGCGAUGUGUCUCGAAUCUAGCGGGGAACAUCUCUUGUUAGGAACGGAAGGAGGCAACAUCUACUUGCUAAACUUGAAGACUUUCGUCACCCCGGAGAAUAUCAUCUAUCAAGACGUCGUGAUGCAGAACGUCCCGGAAGACUACAAGAAAAAUCCAGGGGCGGUCGAAGCCAUAGCCGAGCAGCCAGGGCAUCCAGACAACAUCCUGAUCGGCUAUAACCGAGGUUUGAUGGUACUGUGGAACAAAGCCACUCCAGGAGCUCAGCAGCUGAUGGGUUUGUUUUCGCGUGCGCAGACAUUCGUCUCCACGCAACAGCUGGAAUCGGUUCACUGGAUCUCCGAGAACCGCUUCGUCUCGUCGCACAACGACGGUUCCUACGCGUUCUGGAGCCCGGGUAGCGACGCCGUGCCGGAUCCCACGACACUUUACGGGCCGUUCCCGUGCAAGGCCGUCACCAAGAUCUUCGUAUAUCCUACUGCGGAACACGGCGAGCUCGUGCUAUUCUCUGGUGGUAUGCAACGCGCCAGUUAUGGAGACCGACAUACGAUCACUGUCAUGGCCAAGGAGAAGCAUUUAGUUUUCGAUUUCACGUCUAAGAUCAUCGACUUUUUCACCGUCUUCCCUAAGGAAGAGGAAGGCAACAAUGAGAGCCCUGCCGGUCCGGAAGCGCUUAUAGUGUUGGCCGAGGAAGAAUUGGUGGCCAUCGAUUUGACCAAUCCCGAGUGGAAGAUGAUGGCUCUGCCCUACCUGGUGUCUCUCCAUGCGAGCUCGGUGACUUGUUCCCAACACGUGCCUAAUGUACCCGAGGAACUCUGGGAAGCGAUCAUGGCGGCCGGUAAAGCACAGACCGAGCAUCUUUAUUCGGACAAACCGUGGCCCAUCGACGGUGGCAAUAUCCUCUGCCAGAAGCCGGCGAAUCCUGACAAGCCUAGAAACAGAGAACUGCUGCUUACCGGACACGAGGACGGUACCGUCAGGUUCUGGAACGCGUCCGACGUCGCUCUGACCCCUCUGUACAAGUACAACUCGUCGAUUCUGUUCACCGGCGAGCACUUAGACGUUCUCGAACAGCCUCCGGAGGAUGACGAGGAUGAAUGGCCACCGUUUAAAAAGGUGGGAAUCUUCGAUCCAUAUUCCGACGAUCCGCGACUCGCUGUGAAGAAGGUCCUCCUCUGCCCGCUGUCUUCGACGUUGGUGAUCGCCGGUACAGCCGGGCAUAUUAUCACCGCUAUCAUAUCCUCGGAACCGACCAACAAGGAGAUAAAGGUCGUAACAAUGAACAUCGUCAACGAUCGCGACGGAUUCGUGUGGAAGGGUCACGAGCAUCUGUCGCCGAGAACGACGAGUAUAUCGUUCGCUGUCGGAUUUCAACCGCAGGGCCUCUUACAAUUGUACCCACCGGCCGCCGUCACGGCGUUAGCGUUGCACAGCGAAUGGGGAUUACUCGCAGCCGGCACAGCGCACGGACUCGCACUCUUUGAUUACACCAGAUCGAAAGCCGUCAGUGUCAAAUGCACGCUUAAUCCAAAUGAUCUUUCUGGUGCAGGUGACACUCCUAUUUCUCGACGAAAGUCUUUCAAAAAAUCCCUUAGAGAAUCUUUCAGAAGAUUGAGAAAAGGACGUUCGCAACGUCGAGCAAACGCCAACAGUCCUACGCGAAAUAACCCGCCGGAGAAAAAGAAAGAGAGCGUUGCCUCUUCGCCGAGUGGCGAUCCAUCACCGACGGAAGUAAAACCGGUAGAAAGACAAGUGGAAGCGAGACCUGUUGACGACGCUCUAGGCUCUAUGGUUCGGUGCUUGUACUUCGCCAGAAGUUACAUUAUUAGCCUACAAAACACAACACCUACACUUUGGGCGGGCACCAACAACGGCACGGUUUAUGUCUUCACGUUGGCCAUACCGGCCGGCGUGAGAAGAACGGAGGAAGACGUCAACUGUACGCUGGGCAAGGAGAUACAGUUGAAGCAUCGAGCGCCCGUAAUCGCGAUUACGAUCCUCGAUGGAUCCAGCGUGCCGCUGCCGGAGCCCUACGAGGCCGAGAAGGGCGUGACGCCCGGACCCGAUAUGACUUCCACGCACAGAGUCGUGAUUGCCAGCGAGGAGCAAUUCAAAAUUUUCAAUCUUCCGUCCCUGAAGCCGUAUUGCAAGUACAAAUUGACCGCUCACGAGGGAUCCAGGGUGCGAAAAACGGGUUUUGCCAAGUUCUCCUGUCACGUCGAGCCCGCUGGAGUUCACGAGGAAACUUGCUUGCUUUGCCUAACGAAUCUUGGCGAUUGUCUAAUAUUGAGUAUACCUGAACUGAGAAGACAGUUGAAUGCCGCUGCGAUCAAGAGAGAGGACAUUAAUGGUAUUUCUUCUCUAAUAUUUACGAAAGCCGGAGAAGCGCUGUAUCUUCACUCGAGUUCGGAACUCCAACGAAUUUCCCUGUCAGCCUCGAAGAUGACAAAGGCGCAUUGUGUGCUAAAUCUACCACCGCACGCUAGAUCGUACGCAGAAAGUGCUAACGAGGUCGCGCAGGAGCAAGGCGUUGUCGAAGGUGCGCCGGAAACCGAAGGGGAGACACAGGGAAGUCAACCGUCGACAGUGACGAACAGAAUUAUUACGGAAAAUGGCAUAGUGGGUGCCACUGGAGAGGAGGAAUCUCCGAAGGAACCGUCGCUGCGACCGGCUACGAGUAGUAUAGAUGUAAACGGGGAAGAUGACCGUCAGGAUUUAAGUUCUAUCGGAGAUAUUACGAUCGACAGUGUUAAAGAUCAUUUGCUUAACAGCCCACUUUUCAGAAACUCGACGUCUUCCGAAGAGCUCCACAAUCGUUUGGCAGGACUUAAGAUGGAGGUGACCUCACGAACUUCCGAGAUAUCCACUCAAAAUCAGUCGCUGGUGGUGAAAACGACCACCGUGGUUACGCAAACCACGAAUAGCACGACUGCUAACGGCGAGGUCGAGAUGAGUCAGGCGAACGAAACGCAACACGUAAACAGCACUACGGUAGAGCGAGAGACACGCAGUGGUGUCGAGACAACAACGACACACGCCACCAUCACUCUGCCCCCGAAUGUCGAGAUUAAUGCCGCGGAUCUGGCCAAUUUGGAGGUCACUACGACAACAGUGACCACUACUACAGAAAGGUCCAAGGCGCCAUUGGCUAGGCCAGAGGAGGUCGGAUCAUAGGCCUGUUCCAUAUCGGUUUUCCAUGCUGACCGUGCAUGGAACGAAACGAUUUAUUAUUCCCUACUGUAUUCAGUGAAAUAGCUCUUGGAAUUGACUUGGGAAUCAAUGAUUUUUAACGAAAAUAGGCCUACAAAAUAUUUAUCAUGGUAUGCCGUGAUAUAAGAAAUCCUCAUUGUGCUUUUUUUUUACAGAAGAAAUUUUAACAUUUUUAUUAAUUGAUAAUUCGAGAUAAGGCAGUUUUAUGGAAGAGUAUCAUAUCAAAAUAUCCGAUUUUCGAAUGAAUUAAAAUGGUUUUCGUCACGAGGAUAUCUAUCCGUUUUGCAUGGCCGAGAUUUUUAUUUUUCCAAAAUUAAUUUAAUAUGAGUCUGGUGCAUGCUGUAUAAUCAGCAUAAUAGUAGACUUAAAAAAAAGAUAGUUUACCGAGAGAUGAAAGGGAGAAUGAUGAAACAUCACAAACCAUGAAUUAUGGCAGCCUUAAACCUACCGUUAUUUUAUAUAUUUUUAAUUAUUAAAGACACGCGCGCGACACCCGCAGUAUUCGCAGUAUUUGAAACGAUUCGAGCGUCUUGUUAUAGCUUUUCGCCAGCAAAGGUGCGAUAUAAAGAUGCUUCGAACAAUAAAAAGAAAGAAUGUAGCUACUUAAGUAGAAUUAUAUUUGACGGGCAAGCGAGGAGAUUAAGCAUAGCAAAUUCGAGGGGGGAAACAUCUGUCGAUGGCCGUGACGUCGAGAGAGAUGCGUUGAAAAGUAUAUUUUUUAUCAAUGUUGCUUAAUCGUUAAGUUUCCUCUCUCUUCGCGUUACCGAGGAGCAUAUCGCCGAAUUUUCGAGAGAAUCCUCGAAUACUCGGGAGCGCUUAACGUACUACAUAAAUACCGACAUAGUUACUUUAUUGUUGCAUUUAUCGGCAGUCUUUUUUUUUUUUAGAUGAAAUAGUCACAUGGAUAGUUUUCAGCGAUGAACUAUUGUUGCAAGAUACAUUUCUUGAUACUUUAUCAAUUUUUAGAAACAUACCACAUAUAUAUACAUAUAUGUGUAUAUUAUAGUUUCUUUUUCGCAGCAAAUUUAUAUGUUUCGUAGCUUGUCUUUUUACGGCGGGAGUACCGAUUAUAUUGAAUAUUUUAUAAUUUUGAUCUCAGUAGGAUUGUCACGAGAAUGAUGAUUCAUAUUCCGGAAACUGCAGUUUUCCUUAACCACACACAUGCGCCGAUUAUCUCUUACGAUAAAAAAAUGAAUUUAAAGUGCAGACAGACUGAAAGAGAUGUAACCCUCCUAUCGAUUCGUAUUUUUGCAUUAAUUUUCCUUUACACGGAUGACACGAUCGAUUUUUUAAUUUAAAUUGAUGAAUAUUUUAACUCUAAAUAUAUAUAUUGACGAUAACAUCGAUUAUCCUUAGCGUGAUAAGUUUUAAUCUUUGUAGAUAAGUUUUUUUAAUGUCCUCUAAAUUUAUCUUACAAUUUUAUUGGCAAAUCUAUAUUGAGCUUAUUUUAAUCUUUGAAGCGUAAUAUAUUGUCACAUCUCGCACAUGUGAGUGUAUGUGUGUGUGUGUGCGCGCGCUUGAAAAGAAAGGAGAUGUAUCUACGUGUUGAAGACAGAUUUUAAUUUUUAUCGCUAAGUAUAAAGUGCUAUUAACGGUUCUUCAGUUUAUCGAAUCGACGCCGAGCUUGCUGAGAUACUCGCACUCGUAAACAGUGUAAAUUGUUUUUUACUUUGAUAAAGUAAUGUAUAGUGUACACAGAAUGAAAUUGAAACACUGCCCCCGAAACUUUUUCCUAUCCGACACUGUUAAAUACCGAUUGUAACAAUGUCAUAUAUUGAAUGCCUAUUACGAUGAAAUAUACAAGUAAUUAUUAAUAUCUUUUCUAUUUCAAA